AUUAGUGGAAACUGUUGAUCCUGAACCAGGGGACCAAACUGGGAACGAAACUCCAGUCAGCGAGACGGACAGACGCGGAGAAGAUUUCUAGGAGAAAGUACAUACAUCGGAUACCCAUCGAGUCAAUAAUCACUAUACAUCGAGUUGCAGCUGAGGAAUCAAACAAAGAGCAAUGAAGCAAUAUCUGCUCCUGGUAGCAGUCUUGGCACUGUGUGCCGUCGGACAAAGUCGGCGCGUCCAUCCGCUGUCGCAGAAGUUCAUCAACGAAAUCAACAGCAAGGCAAAAACCUGGCGGGCGGGACCAAACUUCUCCCCGGAAACGUCGAUGAGCUUCAUCCGCGGCCUGAUGGGGGUCCACAAGGAUGCGGACAAGUUCAGACCACCGAUGUUGCUGCAUGAGAUGGAAGACGACGAUGACCUUCCGGAGAGUUUCGACUCGCGCGCACAGUGGCCCAACUGUCCGACCAUUGGCGAGAUCCGCGACCAAGGGUCGUGUGGAUCGUGCUGGGCAUUCGGAGCCGUCGAAGCCAUGUCCGAUCGUAUAUGCAUCCACUCGGAGGGAAAGGUCCACUUCCGCGUUUCGGCUGAGGACCUGGUAUCGUGCUGCCACACUUGCGGUUUCGGAUGUAACGGUGGAUUCCCGGGAGCUGCUUGGAGCUACUGGGUGCGCAAGGGCCUGGUCAGCGGUGGCCCCUUCGGAUCCGAUCAGGGUUGCCAACCAUAUGCCAUUGCACCAUGCGAACAUCACGUGAAUGGAACUCGUCCGUCAUGCGAAGGUGAAGGCGGCAAGACGCCGAAAUGUGUCAAGAAGUGUCAAACCAGCUACAAUGUCCCGUAUGCCAAGGACAAGCGGUACGGAAAAUCCUCCUACUCCGUCGCAAAUCACGAGAAGCAAAUCCAGAAAGAAAUCAUGACAAACGGACCGGUUGAGGGGGCGUUCACUGUCUAUGAAGAUUUGCUGAACUACAAGAGUGGUGUCUAUCAACAUGUGCAGGGCAAGAUGCUCGGAGGACAUGCGAUCCGUAUUCUGGGCUGGGGAGUAGAAAACGAAACUAAGUACUGGUUGAUUGCGAACUCGUGGAACAGCGACUGGGGAGAUAACGGAUUCUUCAAAAUUCUACGCGGAGAGGAUCAUUUGGGCAUUGAAAGCUCCAUUGCAGCCGGUUUGCCAAAGAUUUAAAUCGAGAAAAAUUUGUGUAGCACAGGUACAUUGAAAAGACUUUAUAGACUUUUUAUCAUUCCAGUAAGAGGGAAAGAAGUAAGAUUGAUAGUCGAAAGAAGCCGAGGGAUGGAGGUUAUCAUAGUAAAUAUUAUCAAGCAUAUUUUUAGCGGUGAUAGUGCCGAGUUUCGCAGGAUAAUAAAGUUUUCCUUAGUUAGUAAA